AUGUGUGGUGGAACCACGUGCGAUAAACAAGCGCCCGCUAUGGGAAAAAAAUUACUAAAUUGUCUGAUCUUUCUAUUCAUUCCUCUCUCUCUCUCUCUCUCUCUCUCUCUCUCUCUCUUUCCCUUUCUAUCUCUCUCUCUUUCUUCCUCUCCCUCUUUCUGUCUCUCUCUCUCUUUCCCUCUCUCUCUCUUUUUCUGUCUUAAAAUGAGCUCCACUCUUCUUCUUCUUCUUCUUUCUUUCUUUCUUUCUUUCUUUCUUUUCCCGCCUUUCUGCUCUCUUUUAACCGCUUUCUUUUCUAUUCCACUUCUUCUUUUUUUUUUUUUUUGCUUUCUUCUUCCAACCUUCGUCUGGCCUUCAUUCAUCAUCUCUUUCCUUCCUUUUCCUUCUCUCCUUCCCCCUCUUUUUUCACUUCUAUUCCUCCUUUUUUUUCAUCCGUCUUUCUUCUUCUUUUUUUCUUCUUCUUCUUCUUUUCUUCUUCUUCUUUUUUCUUUCGCUCUCUUUCCCUUGUCUUUCUCAUCUUCCCCCUUUCUUUCACUUCUUUCUCCUUCAUUUUUCUAUUUUUUCCUACGUCUUAUUUCUCUAUAUUCUUCUUUUUAUUCCUUCGUUUUUUUUUCUUCUGCUCAUUUUUUUCUUUCCUUUUUCUUCUGCGAUUUAUUCUUUUUCCUUCAUUUUAUUUUUUUGUUUUCUUCUUCUGGCCCUUCUUUCUUUCCUUUUUUUUUCUCCUUCGUCUACUUGUUCCUUUACUUUCUUCUUCCUUCUACAUCUAUUUUUCUCUUUCAUCUUCGUCUGUCCUCUCUUCUUAUUACCUAUAUUCUUCUUUUCUUUCAUUCUUUUUUUUCUUGUUUGCUUUCACCCCUUCUUCAUCUUCUCUCUUAUUCUUCGCCAUAUUAUUCUUCUAUAAACUUUUAUUCUUCUUAUUCCUUCUCUGUCGCUGCUCCUUCUUUCUUUCAUUCAUCUUUCCCUAUUAUUAAUUUUCUUCCCGUCCUUCCUUACUUCUUUUCUUCUUCCUCCUUCUCUUUCUUCUUUUUCUUCUUCUUUCUUCUUCUUCUCCCUUCUUCUUCUCCCUCCUUCUUCUUCUUCGUCUUCUUCUUCUGUUUCUUCUUCUUCUUCUUCUCUUUCUUCUUCUUCUUCUUCUCUUCUUUCUUCUUCUUCUUCUCUUUCUUCUUCUUCUUCUUUCUUUUUCUUCUCUUCUUCUCUUUCUUCUUCUUCUUCUCUGUCUUCUUUUUCUUCUCUUUCUUUUUCUUCUUCUUCUCUUUCUUCUUCUUCUUCUUUUUCUUCUUCUCUUUCUUCUUCUUCUUCUUCUUCCUUUCUUGUUCUUCAUCAUCAUCAUCUUUUUCGUUUCUUUCUCUUCGGCGUUUUAUUCUUUUUCAUCCUUUUAUUUUUCUUGUUUCACCCCUUCUUCUGUCACUUCUUUUUCUCUUUCUUUUUCUCUUUACACUUCUUUUUCUUUUUCUCUUUACACUUCUUCUUCUUUUUCUCUUUGCACUUCUUCUUCUUUUUCUCUUCACACUUCUUCUUUUUCUCUUCACACUUCUUCUUCUUUCUCUUUUUCUUUUUCUCUUCACACUUCUUCUUCUUCUUCUUCUUUUUCUCUUCACACUUCUUCUUCUUCUUCUUUUUCUCUUCACACUUCUUUUUCUUCUUCUUUUUCUCUUCACACUUCUUUUUCUUUUUCUUUUUCUCUUCCGUCAUCCUCCUCCCUAUUUUCUUCUUACCUAUCGUCUGUUUUUUCAUUCUUUUUCCUCUUUUCCUUCUUUCUUUUUCUCUUUUUUUUUGCUUUUUUUUCACCAUCUUUUUUUUAUUAUUUCUAUCUUUCUCUUCUCUUCAUCUUAUUCACCAAUAUCCUCCUCCUCCUUCUUCUUCUUCUUCUACUACUACUACUACUACUACACUUGCUGCUUUUCUUUCUUCUUCUUCUUCUUGUGUCUUUUUUUUCUUCUUCUUCUUCUUUUUUAA